UGUCGGACCAGACAGGACUGCUGCUCCGUGCUGCGUGCUGUCUUUAUAUUAUUUCUUUUUUCUUGGUUGAAAUUAAUAUCAAGAUCUUCGUGAAUAGCAGAAACGAUUUCGCGAGUUAUUUAAUUAUAUACAAGACCAAAUGGCUUAUAACAGGCAAUAUAAAGCACGGCAGUCUGGCCGCUACAACACCCCAGGACAGUUCGUACCUGCAGAGGUAAGAUUCAUGUUUAUUAAUGAGCCACGUUUAACCAUUUUUAGCAUUUUACUACACUAGUUAUAGAAUUUAUGCCCUACAUGCAUAUAGUAAGCUGGUUCAAUUUAUAAUUUUUAAAUAUUAAAUCCCCUAAAUACCAAAAAGUAUGGUAAAUAGACAUAAAUACAAUGUUUAUUACAUGAAUUACUUGUUAUCACAGCUAUACCAGAGCCCUGUUGCCCUGAUCCUGGCCCUUCACAGUCGUAAGCUUCCCUCGGAGUGCUUAAACCCAAGCACCUGCCAACCAUUGUGAUGAGAGAUCCGAGUGACUAAGCUCCAUGAUUUCUCAUGACGAUAGGUUCCCACCAAUGGCAUUGCCUAUUAAAUUUCAAUAAAAAUUUGGAAAGUAUUGCCUGUGGUGUGAUGUUGUGAAGGUGAGGGCUAGAGGCUCCCCGAGGAAAGCUGUGGGUUGAGAAUACACUAUGACCACGAAAUGAUCAUUUCGUGCGCAUAAGGGCUUCUCUAGACUAAGUAGACAGUAAGCUGGCCCGAGUCCCUAACAUUGCGAACGCCCCUGAGUUUGUAGCUGAAUACUGUGAGAACUACAACAUGGGAUGUUAAUGAAGCUGCAACUUCAUGGGCUGAAGCAAUGGUAGGAAUGUGGGUGAUGGGUGAUGUGUGCCCACCGUCACUGAGAGACUGCAAGAUGUAUGGUUAUUGAAGAAUUAAAGCCUAAUAUUUACUUGACAAAUUAUGCUGAUCGACAUGCAAGAGAGACAUGAGAUUAUUAGAAUAAUUUGAUUUAUUGACUUGAUCAUAUCAUACAAUGUAUGCUUGAAACACAGUUUUCUGUGCAUAAGCAAAUAGUUAAAAAUUUCUUUUUAAAAGAACUUGUAUAAUCACAUUGUUUGUAGUAUCUUUGUAGCCAAAACCACCAGGCUCUGAGUGUAUUAAUUUUACAUCAUGUAGAUCCCCAUUAUUUGCCCGGUAAAUAUAAAGGUCUAGAGUGUGUGAGUGUGUGGAUGAUGUGAGGUGUGCCACAUGGCCCUCUCGGCUGAAGCGCGGAGGGUACCGGGCGAGUGCCAGCGGCUAGCGUCGAGACUACCCAGACUUGCAGCCCUAAGCCAACAGUUCGGGCAGCAGCAGCCGCAGCCGUUUGGCCAGGAGCCGUUCCAGCAGUACACUCCUCAGCCGCAGCAGAACCUGCUACCGCCUCAGCAGAACGUACAACCGGCGCAGCAAACCGUGAAUCCUGUUCAACAGAAUAUGAAUCCUGUUCAACAGAAUAUGAAUCCUGUUCAACAGAAUAUGAAUCCUGUUCAUCAGAAUGUGAAGCCCGUGCAAAUGCAACAGAAUAUACCGAAUGUCUCUAAUGUUCAGCCGAACUCCAAUAUGCCGCAGAUUAAGACGGACUUGAAAGCUGAGCCGGACACUGACGUGAUGAUGGAGAGCGUCCAGGAGGAGGAGGCGGUAACCAGGCCCGCUUGGAUGAAGAGCAAGAUUCCGGGGAUGAAGAAGAUCAGCAAGCGGGAACGGCGCCGCCGCCAGAACAACCAGCUGCGGCGGCUCAUCGCGCCCAAGAACGCGCUCAUGGUGCUCAACGAGUGGAUGUUGAGCGAGCAGAUCGCGAACAACUUCAAAGUGGAGCCGGCACCAACCACUGGAUAUUACAAGAACUCGAACAAGAACAGUUUCUGUGCGGACCUGACUCUCGACGGGCAGACGUACAAAGGAUAUGGCGAGAACAAACUGGCGGCGCGCAACGCGGCGGCCGAGCAGGCCAUCCGCGACCUCAUCAUCAAGCGGCUCGCGCGCGCCAGCAGCGACGGCAACUCGGACGGUGUGGAAGGCACCGACAGCGAGGAGUCCCUGCCAAUGAUCCAGAUAGCAUCGUUCGCUCUGCACAAGCUGUUCUCCGAGUGGGAGUACGAGGGCCACAAGGUGCCUCAGAUCAGGCCGCUUAGCAUUUCUCAAUCGUCGGACGCGGAGACGGAAGCCCCGGCCCCGAGCAGCGCCGCGCCGCGCCCGCCGCCCGCCAAGAAGCCGAAGGAGCCCAAGGAGCUGCCGCUCAACGCGCCCGCCAUGCACCCCGCCAUGCUGCUGGGCUACAUGCGGCCCAACGUGGAGUACAGGGAGCUGCAGGUGGAGGGUGACCGGCCUCAGAACAUGGUGUUCACUGUUGGAGUGGAGGUCGAAGGGUCCACUUUUGUUGGCAAGGCAUCGAACAAGAAGGAGGCGCGCAAGGCGGCGGCGCGCGCGGCGUGCAGUGCUCUGUUCGGCGUCGCCUUCCACGACGUGUGCACCGCCAACGCGCCCGUCGCGCCCGCCAGCGCCAACACCAACACCAACACCGCCAACACCAACACCAACACUGUGUAAACACACAUACCUACUUACAAUAUUAUGAACAACUACACACGCCAAUAAUGAAAACUGUCGUUAUGAAUUUCGACAUUCGUAGCUUUGACAAAAGAAAAUAUGUUCGGCUAACACAAAUAGUGUUUUGCAAAACAAGCCAACACACAUAUUGUACAUUAUAUAUCUUUGAAUCUCAGUUAUAUUAUUAAGCCAAACAGCUGAACGUGCCCUUUGUCUUUUCAAGACUGUUGGCUCUGUCUACCCCGCAAGGGAUAUAGACGAGACUACAUGUAUAAAUGUCAUGUAGAUUACAUCAGAGUUAUGUUGGUCAAGCAUAUAGUUGUAGUGUAGUGUAGUGUAGUAUGUUUAAUCGUAGCUAUGAAUGUCGAUAUUAAGAAUGACAGUCACCAACAAUAAUACAAGCUCGCACUGACUACUAUUCUCAUUAAAAUAUCUGAAUUGAAAUUACUUUAUUUGAAAUAUCACCUUUUGUAUAAACGACGUUUAAUGAGCCAUCAUUUAAUAAUUAAGACGCGUUUUGUUCGCGUGAUUAGAGGAAUAUGAUGUUUAUUUUUUCUUAAUUGAAUCUAAAGUGUUCUUGAUGAAUUACUAAAGUUUCACCAUUCAUUGCGACCGUUUACUAUAAAUAAUAUAAUACUUAGUUGUAUUGAACGUUGUAAUCUUCUGUGAUGUGCAAUUAUCUCUUAAGUUGAUUUGACGAUAUAUAAUACAACGUUUACUUUUAAGUGAUCUCGAUAUAGAAUUUUGUAGCAUUUAGUUAUAAGUUAUUUCAUUUAUUAUUAUAAUUAUAAUAAAUAUGUAUACACAUUUUUACCACAGAUGUAUGGAAAAAUUGUAUACAUUGAGCUCGUUUAUUGUACUAUUUGGAUGCUUUUUGUGUCCCUUAGAUAUAGUUUAAAAUAAGUCGAGCGUUCUCAAGAGUAUAUAUUAUUUUAGUGAUGGUAAAUAUUGUAUAUUUAUUCUAAACGAGUUGUAAAAUUUAUAAUUUUCCCUCUGCAUGUACCGUACCAACACGUUUUCUAAACGUAUGCAAUAAAUAUAUAUUUAUUGCACUAUAUUGCGGUCAUGAUGUAACUAUUUAGUUUUAAGUUUAUUAUUUACUUAAGUUGUGUAUGUAAGACUAAAUAUUGAUGUUUAUUCGAAGGUAAAGACUAAU